AUGAUGGGAGGCUGGGGGGUUUCGGAUGGGUACGAGGGAUCAAAGAGGCCACGAAUGAUGAUGGAAUCGAAUCCCUACUUCGCAGUGAACGCAGGGAGUCCAUUGGAUGUCUCAAAGAGGUCUAGGAUGGUGGAAUCAGGCCCACCCUAUUUUGGGGCUAUGGGCAGCAACACUGGUGGUGCCAGUGGUGGCUUCUACCAGCCCUUCAACAGCAACUUAACUGGUGCAGGGGCUAGCACUGGCAUCCAAAACUUUCCAGGUGUCCGGCUGCGCGGUCUACCUUUUGAUUGCAACGACAUUGACAUCUGCAAGUUCUUUGUGGGGCUGGACAUAGUGGACUGCCUCCUGGUUAACAAGAAUGGUCGCUUUACCGGUGAGGCUUUUGUGGUCUUCCCAACAGCCAUGCAAGCAGAAUUUGCACUGCAUCGCAACAGGCAGAACAUGGGCCGUCGGUAUGUUGAGGUGUUCAGAUGCAAGAAGCAGGAAUACUACUGUGCAAUAGCCAGCGAGGUGAGCCAGGGUGGUUACUUUGAGUCAGAGUAUCGCCGCUCCCCACCUCCUCCGAGGCCUAAGAAGCCGGCUGAAGACAAGGGCAGCAUGGAGUACACUGAAGUGCUGAAGCUCCGUGGGCUUCCCUACUCUGCCACCACUGAGGACAUCAUCAAGUUCUUCCUGGAGUACGAGCUGACAGAGGAGAAUGUGCAUAUUGCAUACCGCUCGGAUGGGAAGGCUACUGGUGAAGCCUUUGUUGAGUUCCCCACAGCUGAAGUUGCUAAGACAGCCAUGUGCAAGGAUAAGAUGACCAUCGGGACGAGGUACGUGGAGCUGUUCCCAUCAACCCCAGAGGAAGCGAGCAGGGCGAGAUCCCGAGGCAGGCAUUGA